AUGUUCAUCUAUUUGUCUUUCUAUCGAUUAAUGUACUUAUCUAUCUAUCUAUCUAUCUAUCUAUCUAUCUAUCUAUCUAUUAGUGUGCUUAUAAAUCUCUCUAUUUCUCUCUUUGUGUCUCUCUGUCUUUCUAUAUUUCUAUUAACGUGUUCAUAUAUCUAUCUAGCUAUCUAUAUAUCUAUCUGUCUAUCUAUCUAUUAUUGCGUGUUUAUCUAUCUAUCUAUCUAUCUAUCUAUCUACCUACUUAUCUAUCUGUCUAUCUUCAUAAAUAGAACUUAUACUUCCUUUUUCUUCAAGAAGGCCGAUUCUGUAACCGAAAAGUGCUCUAUCUAUUUGGCCACAGAGGCCGAGUUUAGAGAACAAGGACUGCAAAAGGACAAACAUGAUCUCUCUCUCUCUAUCUAUCUAUCUAUCUAUCUAUCUAUCUAUCUAUCUCUAUCUCUCUCUAUCUCUAUCUAUCUAUCUUUCUCUCUCUCUAUCUCUCUAUCUCUCUAUCUCUCUCUGAUCUUUCAUCUCUAUCUCUAUCUCUAUCUCUAUCUCUCGAUCUUUCUCUCUAUCUCUCUGUCUCUCUCUAUCUCUAUCUCUCUCGAUCUUUCUCUCUAUCUCUCUGUCUCUUUCUCUCUCUCUCUCUAUCUCUAUCUCUCUCUCUCUCUAUCUCUCUCUCUCUCCCCUUUUUUUUUCUCAUAUAGAAUGAGCUUUUCUCCAUCAUUCGUUCUGCGCAUCUUCUUUUCUUUAACUUCCAUCUCACAUUCAUUUCUUCCUUUUUUCUUCGUCGUUAUUUAUUCAAAAGCACUUUUCAACAUUCUCUCUCUUUCUCUAGCUCUCUCUCCCUCUCGCUGUCUCUCACCCUCUCUUUCUCUCUCACUUUCUCGCACUGUCUCUCUCUCACUCUUUCUCUCACUUACUUUAGCUCUCUCUCUCACUCACUCUCAAUCUUCUUUGACUCUCUCUCUCUCUCUCUCUCUCUCUCUAUCUAUCUAUCUAUCUAUCUAUCUCUCUCUCUCAUUCUCUCUCUUUCUUUCUCUCUCUAAUUAUCUAUUUCUCUUUCUCUAUCUGUCUGUCUGUCUCUCUCUCACUCUCUCUCUAUUUUUAAUCUCUCUCACUUUUUCUCACUGUCUCUCUCUCUUUCUCUCACUCACUUUUUUUCUCUCUCUCUCUCUUUAA